AACAGGCAGCAGCGCCGCAGCCGAGGGACCCCUGGCAGCCCGCCUCGCCCCGCAGCAGCGCGUCCCCAGCGCCGCGUCCUCGCUCGCAGCUCCCACCGGUGGCCAGCGACUCCCUGCCGAGGACCGGCCGCCGGGGGUGCUCGGGGGUGGCCGCCGGAGCGGGGUCGGGAGCCGCGGAGGCGGCGGCGGCUCGCGGAGCAGCCAUGUUGGAGAGGGGAGUAAAGUGACUCUCGGCGGGGAGGGGAAGGGAAGCCGCCGGGGCCCCGCAGCGCCUGGGCGGAGGAAGCGGCUCUCGGGGCGGCGGAGCGAGGGGGCUCGGCUCCCGGAGGCGGCUGCGUCCGGCCGCGCUUAGGAGGGGGAGGAACCGCCCGCUCCCCCACUCCGGACCAGCGGAGACCCGGCGCGGCUGGCUUCCUUAAGCCAGAUUGAUCAUUGAUAGAAUGAAAAAGUUUAAGAGGAGACUUUCCCUAACCUUGCGUGGAAGCCAGACCAUUGAUGAAUCACUGUCUGAGCUGGCAGAACAAAUGACAAUUGAAGAAAACAGCAGCAAAGAUAACGAGCCUAUUGUGAAGAAUGGCAGGCCUCCGACGUCUCACAGUAUGCACUCAUUUCUUCACCAAUACACGGGAUCUUUCAAGAAGCCCCCUUUACGGAGACCACAUAGCGUUAUAGGAGGCAGCCUUGGCUCUUUCAUGGCAAUGCCUAGGAAUGGAAGCAGAUUAGAUAUAGUACAUGAAAAUCUGAAAAUGGGAUCAGAUGGUGAAAGUGACCAAGCUUCUGGAACAUCAUCUGAUGAAGUCCAAUCUCCUACAGGUGUUUGCCUCAGGAACCGGAUACACAGGCGGAUCUCUAUGGAGGAUCUGAACAAGCGCUUGUCACUGCCUGCAGACAUCAGGAUACCUGAUGGAUAUCUAGAAAAGCUGCAGAUAAACAGUCCACCAUUUGAUCAACCGAUGAGUCGACGUUCUCGUAGAGCAUCACUAUCAGAAAUUGGAUUUGGGAAAAUGGAAACUUACAUCAAAUUGGAAAAGCUUGGAGAGGGUACUUAUGCAACAGUAUAUAAGGGAAGAAGUAAAUUGACAGAGAACCUGGUAGCUCUAAAAGAAAUCCGACUGGAACAUGAAGAGGGGGCACCAUGCACAGCCAUAAGAGAAGUGUCAUUAUUAAAAGACCUAAAGCAUGCAAAUAUUGUUACUUUACAUGAUAUUGUUCACACAGAAAAAUCUUUGACUCUCGUCUUUGAGUACCUGGACAAGGACCUAAAGCAGUACAUGGAUGACUGUGGUAACAUCAUGAGUAUGCACAAUGUAAAGCUAUUUUUAUACCAGAUUCUGCGUGGUUUGGCCUAUUGUCAUAGGAGGAAGGUGCUACAUCGAGACCUGAAGCCACAAAAUCUACUCAUUAAUGAGAAAGGAGAACUAAAGCUAGCAGACUUUGGUUUGGCUAGAGCGAAGUCUGUUCCUACAAAGACCUACUCCAAUGAAGUUGUCACAUUAUGGUACAGGCCACCUGAUGUUCUCCUUGGAUCUUCAGAAUAUUCAACUCAAAUUGACAUGUGGGGUGUUGGAUGCAUAUUUUUCGAAAUGGCAUCUGGAAGACCUCUCUUUCCUGGUUCAACUGUUGAAGAUGAACUGCACUUAAUUUUCAGACUUUUGGGAACUCCUUCUCAAGAAACAUGGCCGGGCAUUUCUUCCAAUGAUGAAUUUAGGAACUACAACUUUCCCAAAUACAAACCACAGCCUCUAAUCAACCAUGCACCAAGGCUAGACUCCGAAGGAAUUGAAUUGAUAGCAAAGUUUCUUCAGUAUGAAUCUAAGAAAAGAGUUUCGGCAGAAGAGGCUAUGAAACACGCAUACUUCAGAAGUCUAGGAACAAGGAUACAUGCUUUGCCUGAAAGUGUCUCUAUAUUCAGUCUGAAAGAGAUUCAGUUGCAGAAAGACCCUGGCUUUCGAAAUUCCUCUUACCCCGAGACAGCACAUGGGAAGAACAGAAGGCAGAGCAUGCUUUUUUAAAGGUGGUAAUGCAGUUUCAAGCCCAAGAGUAUCUCAUCAAUCAAGGACUCAGAACUGAAGUUUCUUUCGGUGGACUUGGAAUCUCAGUUUGUCUACACUGUCCUCUUCGCAGUGGAGUCUUUUUAUUUCCAACAUGCAGAUUAUGUUUUUAUAUUUGUUGUCACAGUGUGACAAUUUUUUGUACAGUUGGUUUUAAGGUCUCCUCUGCCAUUAGAGCCAGUAGGUUACAGCUAUUGAUGUAACUGUAGCUGCAAUUUUUGUGCAGAACUGAGAAACACAGUGCAUUAUUUAUUGCGGAAUCAUUGCUGCUAAAUAACUACUGUCUGUAUAGUUAACACAACAGUUGAAUGCCUGAAAAAGCUGCAAUGGCUUUAGAAUAUGUGAAUGCAUCUGUUUCUCUUCAUAAACUGUUUUACUGCUGCAGUUUUGUAUUUUUUAAACUGCAGUGUUUCCUGGAAUGUAAACAUAGCUUUGCUUGACUAUAGGUGAAUCAUCUUUAACGCUCUAAGUUCAUAGCACUUAAUUCCUUAUUUAACAUUGGCAAUACAGUAGACGAAAUAUUAUAAAGCACAUUUUGUUUUAAGAGAGUUGAUUCAAACAAGUGAAUGGUUAUCUAUUAUUUGCUCUCAGAUCUUAUAUCAGUUACAGGUAAAGGAGAUGGGAUGAUAAAUUUUGUCAGGAUUUACUCUGAUUGAAGAUAUUUGCACAUUAUUGUGCAUAUGGUUCCUCCUGAUGCAAUGACUUUUUAACCUGAUUUUUAACCUAGUUAGAAAUAUAAAUAGUAAAAAGAUCAUUCAUGUACAUUAUGCCCUGUUUUUCUUUUGAAACUAUCUUUGUCUUUACAAGAGAACAGGAUGACUAAUUACAAGAGCGUGGGAAUAAUGUCCCAUUUCCCACCCUCUCGUUGCUCCCUCAUUACGACAUUAUUCACUUGAAAUCAACUGGAAAGAUGCAAACACAUACUUGAUAAGAACUCACUAUAUGCUACAGACAUUUGAAAACAUGGGAACUUAGAGGGUUUUUAAGAUCUUAGAUGUUAUCUGUUUACCAGAGAUAGUAAACACGUUACUACUAUGCUUAUGCAUCUCAGUGAGUAUCAUAAGUACACCCUUGGUAAUGGUAACUAUUUUUAAGCAGUUGUGUUCACCUUUAUGAACCUAUUUGUUUAGUGCAUCUUAAAGAGACUGUAAAUCUUUAUUGGUAUAUUUUGAAAUGGUCAUGUAAAUCUUUGGCUGGUAUAUCAUGAAUAUAGUCAUAGAUAACUUAAUUUUUUCCUGACAUUCACUGUAAAACAUUCAGGGGUCCUACCAUUUCGGUUCAGGAAAUCUUGUAGUUUAUUGUUAUUUAACAGUAUUAAGUGAAUUUUUGUAUAUUUCAUUUUAACUUUAUUUGUGAAUAGUGAUUGUGGCAUGUUUGGGAGCGUUUUAUUAAUAUUUCUUGAUACUGGUAAAUUUAAUUGGGAUUUUUUUUUUCUGGAAGAGAAAAACUCAUGUGUAAUGGUGAAUAUUGGACCACUACUGCUUUUCAGCAUUUGUAAACUGGUUUUAUGUUAAAGAAACCCUGUAGGCCUAACAAACUGCUGUUAUUUCUAACUGACAGACCUGUAUUAAUAUUGUACUUUUGAAAGUAUAAAUAUUAUAUGGAA